AAAAAACAUACCUCCACAACCUGGGUCCCCCACCUCGUAGAAGUGUGUCUUUAUCUACACUUUUUGUCCUUUGUUUCCUCUCUCCCCCACCAUUCUUUCUCCGGUUCUUCUUCUCCUUCUUCUUCCUCUCUGCUUCUUUUUAUAACCCUUCUCAUGUCUUCCUCCUCUUCUUCUUCCGACAACGGAGAUUCCGGCGGUGGUUCUAUCUCCGGCGCCGGUAGAAGCGGCGGCGUUUUCGAAGCCCCAUCUCCAUCUCGUCCUCGACACAGCGUCAAUGACGUCUGGCCUGAGCCUUUUCUCGAAUCUCUCGCUGUCCAAGUCGCCGUUGAUGCUUCCUUGACCGCCGGCCUCCUUGCCGCAGCACCGGCUCUUGCCAACGUGUUCCGGGUAUGCACCACGUGGCAGGCAGUCUCUCGCUCCGACCAUCUAUGGCAACUUCUAUCUCGCCAAGUUUGGGCAAGAACAAGUUCGAUGCACGACACGUGGCGGGACGAGUUUAUGUAUCGUCAUCGGACGACAAGGAACUUCCGGACGCGUACUUGCGUCUAUUUCACACUCCAUUUUGAUCCAUCUGACGUAGACGAGCCGGAUAGUCUCUCUUGCCGAUGUCUCAAACUCUCCGAUCUUUAUUUAGCCGCCGGAUUCGCUGACGGAACCGUCCGUCUAUUUCUCUUGAACAACCAUCUCCACAUCAGGACUCUACGUCCCCCUCUACGAGACCGGUUCGGGAGAUUCUCGAGAGCGGUCUCGGGCAUCGUUAUCUCCGAUUCGAGACUAGUUUUUGCCACGAUGGAUGGAGACAUACACGUGGCGGAAAUAAACGGUGUUGGUGGUCACACGCGAACCGCUUACGCCGGAGAUAUCGUUAACGACGGCGCGUUGGUUGAUUUCACGGGCUGUGGUCGUUACUGGGUCGGGCUUUUUGCUGGUGUUCCGGGUCGGGCUUUUCACAUUUGGGAUUGUAACAGCGAAGAGACUACAUUUGUCGGCGGUUCACUCACCGAUCCUGAAGCUGUUAUGGGAUGGCACACGUUAACGGAGCUAACGACGUCUCUUGGCCGUCUAAGAAUCUCCGGUGGUGAGACAGCGGUUGCGUGUACACGGUGGAGGAUCAUGGUGAUUGAUUUGAGAAACCAAGGAGUGAUCAUAGGGGAUGACGAGGAGCAACGGAGAGGACUUAUGGUGACGGGUUUUGACGCUAACGAGGAGGCGUACGUUAGGAUGGACAGUAGAGGUAUCGCUAUUGUGCGCAGGGUGAGGACGCAGGAGACGUUGUGUGAGUUCCGUAUGAGUGGAGCGGCGCAGAGAAGAGUGAUGGGGUGUGUUAAUAGACUGCACGCGCUAAUGUGCGCAGGAGGAGUUAUGCGCGUGUGGGAUGUAGAGAGAGGAGAGUAUCUGUACAGUUUUAGAGAGAGAGUAGGAGAAGUCGACGCUAUUGUUGCUGAUGAUAGACAUGUGGCGGUUGCUUCAUCUUCAUCGACGGCUGUGAGUACUAUACAUCUAUGGGAUUUCGGUGCACUGUAGCGCACUAGAUUAUUACGUGUUAUUAUUAAAAAGAAAAGGAAGAAGCAUUUUCUCUGAAAAAGCGAAGCCCUAAACCUAGGUGUAUAUGUAGGGUUUCUGAAAUUUAAUUUAAUUUGGGAAAGUGACGGAUUGGAGAAGGUGACAGGAGGGUGAGAUUUGCAAGGGAAAUUGAUUCUCUCUACAGAGUUUGACCAAAAGUAUGUUACUGUUUUUGUCUAAAACCAAACAAAGUGGACUUUUUCUCAUCGCUUUUUUUUUUUUUUCCCUGAUGUUUUGGGUUCUCUCAAUUCUGACGUUGUACGAGAUGUAGUUUGUUUUUUUUUUUUUUUUUUUUUUU